AUGGGGCCUGAGGCAGGGGGCAAAACAGACCCCUUAGCACUUGGAGACCCAUUAGAAGAGCCAUUUCAAAGAAGUUCUCGAGAUGUUGCAACAAAGAAAACACCACAGGAGAUGAAGACCAGGUUUCUGCUCUUUGAAGAAGCAGCUGAUAAAGGCUGUCAGAUUCAGCUCAAUCACCCCAACACAUUGCAGAAAUGUGGUUUCAAUACCUCUCUGCCGCUGGUGAUGAUCAUCCACGGGUGGUCGGUGGACGGUGUGCUGGAAAACUGGACCUGGCAGAUGGUGGCUGCACUCAAGUCUGAGUCAUCGCGGCCAGUGAAUGUGGGACUGGCUGAUUGGAUCGCCCUGGCCCACCACCACUACUCCAUUGCCGUCCGAAACACCCGCCGCGUGGGUCAGGAGGUGGCUACUCUUCUCAGAUGGCUGGAGGAAUCUGUGCAAUUUUCUCGAAGCAAUGUUCAUCUAAUUGGGUACAGCCUGGGUGCACACGUCUCAGGAUUUGCUGGCAGUUACAUUGGCGGAGCGCACAAGAUUGGGAGAAUUACAGGGCUGGAUGCCGCUGGCCCUUUGUUUGAGGGAACUUCCCCUAAUGACCGUCUUUCGCCAGAUGACGCCAAUUUUGUGGAUGCCAUUCACACUUUUACUCGGCAACACAUGGGCCUGAGUGUGGGCAUCAAACAGCCCGUGGCCCACUACGACUUCUACCCCAACGGGGGUUCCUUCCAACCUGGUUGUCACUUCCUAGAGCUGUACAAGCAUCUGGCCAAGCACGGCUUACAUGCCAUCACGCAGACCAUAAAAUGUGCCCACGAGCGAUCCGUGCACCUCUUCAUGGACUCCCUGCUGCACAGCCACAUGCAGAGCACAGCCUACUUGUGUAACAACAUGGACAGCUUCAGCCAGGGCCUGUGUCUGAGCUGCAAGAAGGGCCGCUGCAACACGCUGGGUUACCACACCCGCCAGGACAGGCAGGGCCAGAGCAGGAGGCUCUUCCUUGUGACUCGAGCCCAGUCCCCAUUUAAAGUUUAUCAUUACCAGUUCAAGGUCCAGUUCAUCAACCAAAUCGAGAAGCCAGUAGAACCUACUUUUACCAUGUCAUUACUCGGAACCAAAGAAGAAAUGCAAAAAAUUCCCAUCACGCUGGGUGAAGGAAUUACUAGCAAUAAAACCUACUCCUUUCUAAUCACAUUGGAUUUUGAUAUCGGUGAGCUGACCAUGAUCAAGUUUAAGUGGGAAAACAGUGCCGUAUGGGCCAACAUCUGGAACACAGUCCAAACUCUCAUCCCGUGGGGCUCGGGGCCCAGCUACCCAGGUCUCCUUCUGAAGACCAUCAAAGCCAAAGCAGGAGAAACCCAGCAAAGAAUGACAUUUUGCUCAGAAAACAUGGAGGAUCUACAACUUCACCCAACACAGGAGAAACUCUUUGUGAGAUGUGAAGUAAACUCUAAAAAAAUUAAAGAAAAAGUUCAAGUGAACUUUCGUGAAGAUCCGGUAUGA